AUGGGAAGCAAAGUAGAGAACUAAAUUGAAUAAUAUUCUGGAUAAGACUUUGGUGAUAAGAUUAGUUUUACGGUUGGUGUGAGUUACAUGUUAGGUAAUAGAUAAAUCAAUAUUUUAGCUUCAUCUAUAGGGUUAGUGAAAGGAGCAAUUGA